CGAAGAAUGGGAUAUUUUGUUCAAGUAUCGGGGCAAUAAAGAAAAGAAUGUGUGUUCAAAAAAUCAGUGUAGGGGGUGGUUCGCUGCUGGCAAGAAGGAAAAAAAAUGAAAAAUUGGUAUGGACGGAAAAAAGGAUUUUUGAAAGAAAAACAAGUUUUCCGGGCAGUUCGCCACAUUACCUUUUUUCUUUCCUUUUUUUCUUUCGCCAGCUGAGCGGCUUUAGUGUGCCAAGAUGGGGAAGGUGUGGGGAGGUUACUUUAAAAAAGAGAGGUGGGAAUAAGCAAGAAAAUGGUAUUUAACUAGAAGUAUCGUUAGAAAAAUUUUGUAGAGAAGGGAAGGGGAAAGAGGGGGGGAAGGAAGGAAAAUGAAGGAAGAAGGGAGGGAGGGGGGAUGUUUAAAUGGGACAGCCGAUAAGCAGAAGAAUAAAAAUGGAGGAGGAUUGUAAAACCAAGAAAAAAAUUGUGAGGAGAAGCCAACAAUCCGGACAGUUUUUUCCCUUCAGCUUUCCUCAAUUUUCCCUCGAAACCAGUUUUCCUCGUUUUCGUUGUAUAAACGAUCCCUCAAUCUCCUCCAUAUAAUAUUUUAUAUAUAUCCCCCGGCUGGUCCUCGGCAAUCCUAGAAAAAAUCUUUGAAGGGAUGAGUCGUGACAAUGAACGGGCCAUUGACUUGAUGAGAAAAUAAUGCGAGAGGGGAUAGAAAAGAUUUUAAGUUUGGUUGGGAGAUUGGAGGAAGGAUG